AAUUGACGUCUUUUCCCGUCAUGAUUCUCGAUGAAACUCCCUUGUUUGAUCCUGGUUUGGUGGCUGAGCUGGACUGGAGUCAGAACAUGGUGUCCUUCUGUCCCGAUAUCUCUCCUGUACAUCCUGGGGAUGGCCUUGUCCUCAGGCCGCUCUGCACAUCUGACUUGGAUAGAGGUUUCUACAAGGUUCUCGGUCAACUGACAAAAGUUGGAGAUGUAACAACUGAGCAAUUUAUCAAGAAGUUUGAGCACAUGAAGCAGUCUGGGGAUUACUAUGCCGUCGUGGUGGAAGAUCUAAACCUGGGCCAGAUAGUUGCUACGGCUACUCUCAUCGUGGAGCAUAAAUUUAUACAUGGCUGUGCAAAGAGAGGCAGAAUAGAAGAGGUUGUGGUCAGCGAUGAAUGCAGAGGGAAGCAGCUUGGAAAACUGCUGUUGUCCGUACUUACCUUGUUAAGUAAAAAGUUAGGCUGCUAUAAAGUUACGUUGGAAUGCAAGCCCAAAAACGUUGCCUUUUAUGAGAAGUUUGGCUAUGUGGCGUCAGACGAAACCUACAUGCAGAGAAGGUUCUCCGACUAAUCCUGCGUGAAGCUUUACCAAAGAACUCACAGAGCGCCACUUUACUGUAAUAUAAAAUGUAAAUAGCAAUUUUACACUAUUUUACAAGAGUUGCGUUGUUUAAGGGAAAGUCUAAAUAUUUCCUAAAAAAGAAAAAUCUAUAUUUGUAUCUGUUUGCAUUGUAUUUUUCUACAAUGAUUAUACUGCUGGGGUCGGGGUGAUUUAACCUGAAAUACCUCCUAUAAUAGAAAGUAUUUAUUGUUCCCUAAAGAUGUGGAACGGCGCAGAAUGCCAUGAAAUGGUCCGUAUAAACCAUUGUAGAAUACCAUCACGUGAGCUGAGAGCCAAAAGAACCUGAUUGGUACAAAAUCUAUUUAUUGUGGGCUAAUAGUUAAGGGUUUUUUUUUCCUCCUUACCAUAGUGAUAAAUGAUAAUUUAUUGAAGAUCUAAUAAAAUGAUGAAUUUUAAAAUGUUUUUGUAUAUUUGAAGUGCUCUUGGGCACAGGUCAGUUAUACCAUGCAGUCAGUAUUUACGAAGGAAAGAC